UACAAUUUCAUUAUAGCUUAGCUGUUAGAAUCGCUGGAAAUGAUAAAAUAUUCGAAAAUCAAGCUCUGAAUUAUAAAUUAGUCAAAUAAAUAAAAGGUGACAGAUCUUUUUUUUUCUGAUCAACAAGUCUUUAAAAUAUUUAUCACAUCGAAUAAUUUUCUGAAUAAUGGAAAUACAAAAUAUGGGUUUCUAUGAGUCGAGAAAAAAAUCUGUGAAACCCAUAAAAACGAAUGUUCACUUGCAAGUAAGUCUCAGCAUAAUUCGCUACAUGGGAACAUGGCCGCCACAGGGUCGCUACCGAAAUUUAUACUUCGUCUAUAGCUUCCUUGUCUUGAACAUAAUAUUAGGCAGCUUUCUUUUUGCUCAGUUUGGUACGAUAAUUAUGAUUUGGGGUGAUAUUGAAAAAAUGGUAAGCUGCGGUGCCCUCCUGAUGACGAAUAUUGCCCACGCCUUUAAGGUUGUCGUCAUGCUUCGACAUCAGAAGUCAAUUCAGAUUCUUCUGGAUAGUCUACAGGACGAGUUAUUUACCAGAAAUAACGAGAGAUUUAAAUUUAUCGCAUAUGAAUAUACCUGGAAAGGCAUUUUUCAUCAUGUCGCAUAUCAAAGCUUUGGAACCGUAGCUGUUCUCUGUUGGGUUUUUACUUCAAUAUCAGAUCUAAUUAUAAAACAUAUGAAACGUUUACCAAUUCCACUCUGGUAUCCUUUCAACGUAACAAAUACGCCAGCAUUCGAAUUGAUUACUCUUCAACAAACUGUUGGAGUCAUAAGCGGAUGUUUCCACAACGUGGCGAUGGAUACUUUGAUCACGGGUCUGAUAACAGUUGCUUGUUGUCAAUUUGAAUUGUUGAAGACCAAUAUCAUUACGAUUGGGAGUAACGUUAAUCAUGAAUUUUGUAAAAUUUCCCAUAAUGAAAUUAACGUCACGAACGUUGAAGAUAACGAGAAUAAAGUCUGGCAAGAGAUGAGAAAGUGCAUCGCGCAUAACAAUAAGAUUAUUGAGUUUUCGAAAGAAAUUCAAUCGCUUUUCGGUACAGCGAUUUUCUUGCAAUUUCUUGCAAACUGUGUUAUCAUUUGCUUAACGACUUUUAACAUGUCUCAGACAACUGUAUUUGUUCCAUCGGAAAUACUUGGAACAGUCGCAUACACUUGUUGUAUGGUAUAUCAAAUUUUUAUCUAUUGCUGGCAUGGAAAUGAAUUGUGGCUUCAAAGCGAAAGUGUCCUGCGGAUGUCUUUCACGUCGAAUUGGUGGGAACAUAAUCGACGUUAUAAAAAAGCUUUACAAAUGGUAAUGCUAAGAGCAAGUCGACCAGUCAUCCUGACUGCUGGAAAAUUACUAAAGUUAUCUUUAGAAACGUUUGUUGCAUCAAACAUUUUUUUCCAGAUUUUACGAGUGUCCUAUUCACUUUUUACCGUUUUAAAAACCUCUACAGAUCAUUAAAAGACCAUACAAAUAUUUGGUAUUUUAUUGAAGAUUAUGUAUUUCACAGCUGACCAAAGAGCAUUCACUGUAAUGUUAAGAAAUUAUUAUUCAGAACACCAAGCUCUGAGGAUCACACAAAGUAUAAUAUUCUCCGUUAACAGAAAGCAUAUUGUUUAUUCUCAACAACAUUUCAGACAUGUGACUUAAUUCUUAAAUACUGUACUCAUACAUAGAAAAGGCACAGCAUAUAAAAAUAUACAAUAAAAUAUUAUAUGUAGAAUAUACCAUUAUUUCAGUAGGAAGUACAUGUAUAAAAAUAAUUUUAAUGGACAUGGUUCAUUGUAA